UUAUAAACAAAUUCACUCUCGUGUAAACGCUUAUGAUUAAUUACUUCUGUAUUGGACAAAUGAAGACAAUAUAUAACAUUGAGUAUUAUUGAUGUGGAAAUGGCAGCCACCCUGUCAUUUCGUUGGCUGGAUAUAUUGGAAAAAGAGUUUGAUAAAGCUUUUGUUGAUUUAGAUUUACUAUUGGGGGAGAUAGACCCAGACCAAUGCGAGCUCACAUAUGAUGGAAGACAGAAAAUGACCGCUCUUAGUGCUGCGUUUGCUCAACUAUGUCACAAAGCUCAGACAGUGUUCCAAUCUAACGCCAAAAUAGAGGCUCAGUUAGUGGACAUGAGAGCAGACUUAGUGGAAAUGAGAACAGCUAAAGAGCAUGCAGAGAGAGAACUUCACAAUGUAUUACUUCAACUUCAUUCCACCCAGCUUCAGAUUCAGUCACAGAAAGGGGUGGAGGUGGAUUCUACGACAAUCCAGAGAAAAGUAGAAGAGGAAAUGAAGGUUAAAACUCAAGGGAGCUCAGCACAGGAGCGAGUGGAAGCCGAGGUGAAGGAGUUACGUAAUGAGAAUGAGGAUUUAAGACAAUAUAUCCUGGCCCUGCAAGGAGAGGUGUAUGGAGCCAGGCUAGCAGCCAAAUACCUAGACAAAGAAUUAGCGGGAAGGAUACAGCAGAUUCAGUUGUUGGGUCGUGAUAUGCGGGGAGCAGAACAUGACAAGCUUUGGAACCAAUUGGAGGCAGAAAUUCAUCUCCAUCGACAUAAAACUGUCAUACGGGCAUGCAGAGGGCGAACGAACCGCAAGAAGAAAUUACCAAUGCCAGAUGGACAUGAUUUUCAGUCUCUACGGAAACAACAUGGUCUGGGGGAAACAAGAAAAGUUGUUAUCAAAAAAGGAGAAGAGGAGGGUCUAGGCCUGUCAAUCACAGGUGGUAAAGAACAUGGUGUUCCAAUUCUAAUUUCUGAAAUCCAUGAGGGACAGCCAGCAGAUAAGUGUGAUACUUUGUUUGUUGGUGAUGCAAUCCUCUCUGUGAAUGGAAGAGAUCUUCGUGAAUCCAAGCAUGCAGAGGCUGUCCACAUAUUGUCUCAACAGUCGGGUGACAUUGAGCUGGAGGUGAUGUUUGUGGCACCUGAUGAAGACAGCGAUGAUGAGGAAAGUCAGGCAGUGGAGGAUGAGAAUGGGUUCAGAUACAGAAUAUAUGAUGAUGAAGUGCUGAGUAGUAGCAGUGAAGCAGAGAUUCGCAGACAUGUGGGUCAGAGGUCAGCUUUGCCCCCCAAUAUAAAUGGUACCAUGCCACCUUCAGCAUCAGUCACAGAUGGUCCAUCAAGCAGAUUGGAACAUCCUAAAGAAAAACAAACCUCUAGUCAUGACAAGGAUGUAGGUAGAGUAACAGACUCUCAGAGUUUAGAUGUGGGGAUGGUAAAAGCUAACAGCCUUCAACAAACACCCUCUUUAGAUCAGAACUCAACAUUUAACAGUGAAUACACCUAGUCCUUUUAUUCUUUGUCUGAUUGUAAACGUUUCUUGUUAGUAGCCUGUAUAAUUAUGUUCUAUCUUAUGUCCAGUUUUAAAAUGUUUUCUCUAGGAUUUGUUAAAAUUGCAUGUACUACAAAGUUUGGAUUCUUUCAUAAGGGACAACAGUGUAUAUAUGAUAAGGGUUCUAUUUGCCCACUAAAUUCAACUAUCAUUGUUUCCUUUCAAAAUUAAGUUUAUUUUGUGCAAGUAUCCAGAUGCAACUCAGUUUGUCACCAUUUUAUCUAAAUGUGUGGAAUUAGGAUAUUAUAAAAGAUGACAUUUUGUCACCCUUUUCAGUAUUAUGACAUAAAGAAAACAUGUCUUUCUGAUACACAUAUUUAGAGUUUUACAAUGGACCAGAUAGGCCGUUAUUCAUGCCUAGUCCUUGUAAUUUGACAUUAAUUGUUAUCAGAAAUAUCUGAUGAAUAUGCUAAAAUCAUUUUUGACAUGUGAGUAAUAUGAACAGUUAUGGCUAUGACCCAAGUCCAGAUAAUGCAAUUUGUAUUUAUUUUAUUUCGUACAAAUAUUUCUUAAAUUUCUGUAGCUUUUAUUUAUAAAUACAUGCGGUAAAUCCCAUAGUAAUGAUACGUGUAACUUUUAUGUAACUGUUGAUGUGCAUAAUGUUAGAAAUAUGAUUGUGUCAUCAGGGGAUUUUGAUAGUACAAGUCCCAUGUAUAACUGUUUGGCCUUGCUAAUUAUGAAUGACACCACAAUGUAUGUUUCUGAUGGACAUUGUAAACUUUUUGUUUAUUCAUUCUUCUUUCAUUGAAACCCUAAAACAUGAUAAAUGACAAACUUUGAUUAAUAGUUUGAUACACAUGUAUGAUUUGCAUGGCUUGGUAAACUACAUGAAUAUCAAAAUAUCAAUUUAUUAUGUAAUUUCAUGGAGCUCCAUAGAAUAUUACAGUAUGCAUAUUGAUAAAUAAAGUUGCUUAUAAAUUUAUGGGACAUAUAUAUUGAUCGUGCAUGAUAGUACAGAUGUAAAGUUAUUAAAACACAUAGAAGAAAAAGUUGAUUAGUUUUGUUGCAAAGAAAUAAUGAAAUCUCAUGAAUGUUUGACGAAUUUAAAGAAACAAAACAACAACCUAGUAACAAAAAUUGGAAUGACUUUUUAAGCCACACACAGAGCACAGAUUGGUGUGCAUGUACACAUGUUCAUCUUUAUUUCCAUCGUCGGAAACCCACAGUUGAUUACGCUUCGUUCCUCUCUCCAUCAUCCGUGGGUCCAUUCAUUCCUACUCGCUUGUUCUCAUGAAUAAUUUAAAAUGAGGCAAUUUGAUUGGACGCUCAUCGUACUCCCUGAGCGAAUUUGUCCAAUCAACAAGACGCUUUCAGUCUAAUUUUGGUAUACAAAUGUUGUGAUAGCAAAGUUAAGUUAAUGCUAUCUUUAAAAACAGAAGAGUUUGUUACUAUAACGAUUACUUUGAUUGGACGAUAUUUUUAAAUAUUUAUUCAUGAGAACGAGCAAGUAGGAAUGAAUAGACCCAUGGGUGAUGGAGAGAGGAACGAAGCGUAAUCAACCGUGGCUUUCCGACGAUGCUUUAUUGCUAGAGUUGUGUGCAUGUGUUCUGCUACUGUUGUGUUGCAAACAUACCAGAGUGCUUAGUGGAACCCUUUUUAGCUCACAUGAACUGAAAGCUCAAGUGAGCUUUUCUGAUCAAGUUUUGACUGCCAUCUGUCCGUCUGUAAACUUUUCACAUUUUCAACUUCUCCAGAACCAUUGAACCAAUUUUAAUCAAACUUGGCACAAAUCGUCCUUGGCUGAAGGGGAUUUAAAGUUUGUUCAAAUGAUGGGCCCUGCCCCCUUCAAAAAGGAGAUAAUGAAGAAAAGGCAAAAAUUGGGUUGGUUCAUUUAAAAAUCUUCCCAAGAACCAAUGGGCCAGAAAAGUUAGAAUUUACAUGAAAGUUUCCUGACAUAAAGUAGAUUCAAGUUUGCUAAAAUCAUUGCCCCAGGGAGUAGGGUGGGGCUACAAUAGGGGAUCAAAGUUUUACAUGGGAAUCUAAAGGGAACAUCUUCUCAAAAACCACUAGGCCAGAAAAUUUGAAAUUUACUUGAAAGCUUCCUAACCCAAAUCAUUGUCCCUGGGUAUAGGGUGAAGCCACAAUAGGGGAUCAAAGUUUUACAUGCAGAUAUAGAGCAUCUUCACUGGCAAAGGGUUUUCAGUUCACUCCACUCCCAGCUAGCGAAGAUGAUAUGUAGGGAAAUUAUUUUAGAAUCUUCUUUCAAGAACAGCAAGACCAUGAUUACUCAUGUUAAUAUGCAAGUAUCCCUAUAUAGUGUAGAUUCAAGUUUGUUCAAAUUGUGGUCCCUUGAAGUAGGAUUAGGCCACAGUAGGACAUAUUGUUUUGUCCUUGUCAUGUCUCUCUGUCCGAAACUUGAACCUUGCUCAUAACUUUUGAAUGGUGAGUGAUAGAGAUCUCAUAUUUAAAAUGCACAUUCCUUGUGACAAAAUCUCUCUUUAUUGGUACCGUUUUUAAUCCUGUGACCUUGACUUUUAAGAAUACUCCUGAACUAUUUAGGGUGGGUCCUUAGUCCUGGAUUUUUGGGGUUUAGGUAGCAUUUUUUUGUUUGGAAUCAAUGAAUUAACAAUCAGAGUAAUGUAAAAAGGCAAAAUAGUAAAGGGUUUCCAUAUUAAUUUUCAUUACAGACACUACUGAAGUUAUGUACCCCUGUGUAGAUUUUUAAGAAAUUUAUUGGAAACCGUUUUUUGUUAUUUUAAAACAAAAACAACAAAAUAUUUUUUAAUUGCAUUCAUUUAUCAGGAAACAUGUCAAUAACUAAAACACAAGUCAUUUUCAAUAUGUUCAUCAAGUUUUAGAAUGAUAUGUGCAAAAUUAUUGAAUUAGCAUUAUUCUCCAAAAUGUUAAAAAACAAACAAAUGUGGACAUAUUUUCCUUAUAUCAUGGUUUACCUAUCAUUUUUUCUGUUUAUAUUAGUAGAUGUACAUCUCUUAUAGUUAUUUAUGAAAAAAAACUCCACACCUUUCCUUAAUAAUUUCAAAUAUAUAGCUUCCAGAGUAUGUAUACCCCCCUUGGAAAAAAAAAAAAACGAAGUCUUGCACCAUACAGUUGAGCUAUUCAAAAUCAUUCGGGGAUUAAGAUAUUAUGUAAUUUCAUGAAAAGACACAGAUAAUGAUUCUUUAUCAACUUGGUAAAAUGUUUGUGAAAAAUAAAGGAAAUCUAUCGCAUAAUAGACUUGAUAAAAAAUUUAAUGAAAACAGAGUUAUUGCCCUUGGAUUCAAUAUUUUGAAACAUAUCAUUGAUUAUUCAAACAUAAUUAUGACUUUUGAAAUAUUUUAUGGGUAACAAUAUCAUAACAAUAGCUAUUGAAAAAGACUCCAACAAAAUUUAUGUUCCAGUCAUUAAAUCAUUGACUUUGCAAAAUCUUAUGACGUCACAGGUGUGUGGAACUACGUUAUGGUAGUGUUUUUAUAAUUUGCAUAUAGAUUCCUUAUGGUAAGGCCUUAUAAUAAUUUAUGCAUGAUAUUUGACCUUGUGCUCUUGGCCUUGGAAUAUGACCCAAAUUUCAAAACUUUAACCUUAGUCAUAAUUUUUUAAUAGUUGAAUAUCUCUCAUAUAUGCAUUACUUUUGAGAAAACCUUUUUUUCAUAUCAAAGUAAUAAGCUUGUGACCUUGACCUCAGAGUUUGGCCUACUUUUUAAAAGUUGACCUAUUGUACAUGUAAAUCUCCUGAUCUAUUUAAGGUAGAGCUUUGAUAUUUGUAUAUACAUAUUUCUUAUGGAAAGAUCUUUUAUUUCAUACUAUGAUUUAUGAUAAUGUGACCUUGACCUUCUCCAGAACAGCAAGACCAUGUUAGUUAUAUUGGUGUUGAGGCAUUCCCAUGUUUUGUGGAUUCAUGUUCAUUUAUAUCAUGACCCUUUGGGGCUAGGUUGGGGCCACAAUAUGGGGUAAAGAUAUUUCAUGAGAAUAAAAAUUGAAGAAAAAAAAUCUGUAAAAAUUCACAACAGCUAGCUGAACAAUGACAGGACCAGGCCGGCGACUCAGGUGAGCGAUGUGGCCUAUGGGAUUCUUGUAAUAUUUGUUUUAAUUCAUGUAGUGCAAUAUAAAAAAAGACAAAAAAUACAUGUUAAUCAUUUUGUAUAUCCACUUGCAGUACAUUUUUUCAGCUAAUAACAUCAAGAGUAUUGAUGCAUGUAUCAUAUAUAUACAUAAAAAUGUAAUUAUAACUUUUAAAAAUUCAAGUAACCUCUUUGUGUAUUGUAGGUGAUAUAUAUAUAUAUAUAUAUAUAUAUAUAUAUAUAUAUAUAUACACUUGUAUAUAUAUUGCAAGGAUUUCAGUUUGUAAUAUCUGCUUUAUGUCAUGAUGUGCAGAUCGAGGGUUUAACUUAUAAUGCAUUUGAUUUAGUCAGAUAUAUACUACUAAAGCUGGGCAAUAAUCUACAUUUAUUAUAUACUUUCAUUUCAUCUCUUCUUUUUUCUUUAAAAGUUUGCCAAUAAAGAAAUUGUUAAAAAUAAAAUUAUUGUUAGUUUCUAAAUGAAAUUGAAAGUAUAUAAUAAAAAGGUUAUAGACUUUGUAUGGGAAAAUUGACAACCAAGUUUUUUGGCACAUAGACGGACCGAGCUUGCUUUAAUUGUCAUGAUGUGCAGAGGGUUUAAUUUAUAAUGCACUUGAUUUAGCCAGAUAUAUACUACUAAAGCUGGGCAAUAAUCUACAUUUAUUGCAUAAUGGAGAAUCAAAUAUUCUUGGAGGAUAUUGUGAGUGAUUAAAGCCUCAUAUGCCACAAACAUUCAUGCAAGAUAUCUUGACAAGUCACUCCUCUUGUGUCACUUAUUAUGUUCAAAGGAGUAGAGUUGGGAUAUAAUUGUUAUAAGUCCAAGGAAAUAGGUUUAUUUUCCCUCAUCAAAUGAAUGAUUAAACCAAUGAGAUUAGAUCUUUCAUAAAAUCGUGUAGUAUUAAUCAUAAUAGUCAUUAAUCUUAAAAUAGUGAACAUUCAUAGUUUGAACAUUUAAAUAUAUCGGUUUCCAUUUUCAAUUCAUUAGGUCAUCUGAGUCACUCACAUGACCUAUUAGUCUGCAUCCAUCAUCAUCUGCCGUGUGUUAACAAUUGAACAUUUUGAACUUCUUGAUUACAGAUUUGUUAUGAAACAUCUUUGGGACAAGGGGGACAUAAAUUGUCAGAAAUCUUUUCUAUAACUUCACAUCUGCAAGAAAAACUAAAUGCAUACUCAUGUAGAGCAGGAGGGCCUCUACCAAAAUUGUUGUCAAUUUCACGGUCCCCAGGGAAAAGAUACCAAACUCUGAAUCCAGGGCAAGGCCAAACUUUGCAUUUAGUGUUUAUAUGUAAAACAUUUAAAUAACGUCUUUAAUGCUAUUGAUACUAAAUUGAAACUGAAUGGAUAUUCAGAAGGAACAGGUAGCCCAUCUUUUACCAAAAUUGUAACUUUUAUGAUCCCAGGGGUAGGGGCCAAAAUAGUCAUAGUGAUUAAUUGUGUGCAUUAACACUUUUCUUAAUAACUACUUUUCUAAUUUUUUUCAAAUUUGGUAUGAAUAUCUUUGGGACAAGGGAGACAUACAUGGUACAUUUGAUGACCUUGGGGAUGGGCAAAUAUUGACCAAUUUUUAAAAAUAUUUUUCUUUGCACCUACAUAUUGAUUGGAAAAACCAAAUGCAGUCAUUCAGAGCAGGAAUGCCUCUUCCAAAUUUGCAAAUUCAUGAUCACCUGGAUAGAGGUUCUGACUUCAGGGCUGGGGUCAAAGGUGGCAUAUAAUGUGUAAAACAUUCAAAUAACAUUUUCUUUGUUGCUACUGAUACUAAAUUGAAAGUAAAUAGAUAUUUAGAAGGAACAGAUAGCUAGCCCUUUACCAAAAUUGUAAAUUUCAUAAUCCCAGGGUAAGUGGUUUUGUUUCCAAAGUAGGACCAAAAUUGUAGUAAUUGUAUAUUGUUUAACGUCCCUCUCCAGAAUAUUUCACUCAUAUGGAGACGUCAACAUUGCCGGUGAAGGGCUGCAAAAUUUAGGCCUAUGCUCGGCCCUUACGGCCUUUGAGCAGGGAGGGAUCUUUAUCGUGCCACACCUGCUGUGACACUGGACCUCGGUUUUUGCGGUCUCCUCCUUGGGACCGCCCCAUUUAGUCGCCUCUUACGACAAGCAAGGGGUACUGAGGACCUAUUCUAACUGGAUCCCCACGGGACUAGUGAUUAUUGUUUUUAUCAUUUGAAAGACUUCUCUAAUUUUGCUGAUGCUGUAUAAAAACUAAAUGCAUAUUUAGGAAAAGCAGAUAGGGAUGUAGCAAAAUUGUAAAUUUUGCAAUCCAUGGAUAAAACUCUAGGACAGGUCCAAAAUUGUCAGUGUUAACGUUACACAGUAGGCUAAGUCUUUCAUCAGUAUGGGCAGUUUGAGGGCUUUUGUGUUUUUUAAGAACACAUCUUGUAUUUUACAGCUGCUGAAUAUUCGAAGAAUUUAGCUAAGAUAUGUAGAACAGGAAAUUUUUUGAUGUCAUAGCCCUAAUUGAAGGCUAGUGAUACUUUUAACUAAUACUCGGGUUACUGAUAAGGCCUGUGGGGCUAGUGAUACUUUUAACUAAUACUCGGGUGACUGAUAAGGCCUGUGGGCCUCUUAUUUUUCGUUACCAUUUUGAAAUAUUGGAUUAUUAGUUCUAUAAUAGAUCUACAGUGCUUCAAUUCUAAAAAGCAAUAGAAGAUGUAACUGAAGGUAAAUUGAAGACUAAAAUCUUGAACAAAUAGAUUAACAUAUUUGGGGAUAUAUAAAGCACUAAAAUCCAACAACACUCAACAUCCAAAGUGUCGGAUCUAAUAGGAGAUACGAGGUCACAUGAAAAAAUAUAUAAAGCACUAAAAAUGACCAAUCAAAAUUUCAUAUCUGCGUAAUUAUUACUUUCUUACACUUGUAAUAUUUAGCGCCAUCCAUGACACGAUGCAAUAUUCAAAAUAGGGGGCCUCCGUGGACGAGUGGUUAGAGCAUCGCGCUAAAAAUCACACGGCCUCUCACCUCUGUCGGCGCGGGUUGGAAUCCCGCUCGCGCCAGUAAGUGAGAAAGUUUCCCAGUUUACUUCAGAAGGUCGGUGGUCUCUUCCCAGGUACAUCGUAUCUGGGUUCUUCCACCAAUAAAAACUGCACGCCACCAUAUAACUUAAAAAUUGUUGAGUGUGGCGGAAAACAUCAAUCAAUCAAUAUUCAAAAUAAAGGAAAUGUGCAGUUACUCACCACAGUUACUCAACGUGUUAGAGGAAGACAAUCUUUUUCGAGUCGGCUCGUGAAGCGAGAUGAUCCUUUUAAAAGCUGCAGACAUGUUCACGAAACUUUCCAAAGAUAUGUUCUAAGAUAUAACUUAGGAAAAAAGUUAGGAACAUCCUAAGAUUAACUUGGGACACACGGAUAUUUCUCAACGAUAUCUUGGGGACAUCUUCAGUCAGGACGUCCUAACUACUUGGGAACAUUCUUAUUCCUUUUCAUGUAUUUAUAACACAUCAUAUCCGUGACAUAUUUCCGUUAAAAUCUAGACACAUACAACAGUCAUGAAUAAUCAUAUUUACCGUAUUUUUCCGAAUAUAUUUAAUACGCACCCCUUUUGGGGCAUGUAAAUUGAGGAAAUAUCACAGUUUGUUUGUACAAUCGCAUUUAGCUUCACGAGAAAUCUUUGUGGAAAUAAUGCAUGUUCUCAACAAAGCAUGAAUUUGUAUACAAUGCAGCUGUCCGACGUGUCCGUUCAAUAUCUUGAAUUGGUUUGGCACUAUUAUCAAUUGAAUGAUGCAUGUGUAUAUCCCUUUUCAAUUUUGCACCACGCGGGGAUAUAUGUUUGACCAACAUUUCUUGUUUGUUUUGAUAGUAGCAUUUUACGACUAGUUGCUGAAUAAAUUCUGAAAUAUACA